ACUUUCUACAACCUGUUUGGCUGCUCAGUGCAUCAUGUGAUCCUUUACACACCUUUGUUAGAAGUGAAAGUCUUGUCAUUUAUCUCCUGAAGGAAGCGUAUUACAUCGCCUAUACUCUGUUCUUCUUGACCCUUUUUUUCGAUGGAAAGUCUUUGAGCAAAGAAAUAAAGCAACUUCAGAUGAUGGAGCAGAACAUAGUGAUGCUGUUGAUCGGUAAAACUGGAUCAGGAAAAAGUACCACAGGAAACAUCAUCUUUAAUAAAACUGUGUUUGAGUCGAAAAGGAGCUCUUCAUCAGUGACCAAAGUGUGUCGAACACACACUGAUGCUGUUAAUGACAGAAGUGUGACAGUGAUUGAUACUCCAGACUUCAGAUUCUCCACUCACACUGACUUUGAUUCAGUCUCUGAGCUGAAGAGAGCUCUUGAAUUAUGUUCACCAGGAGCUCAUGCCAUCCUGCUUAUUCUGCCUUUAAACACAUUCACUGAGCAGGAGAUGGAUUUCAUUAGUUGGUUUGUGCAGAUGUUUGGUGUUGAAGCUCUCAGAUUUACUCUUGUGCUCUUCACUCAUGCAGAUGAGAGACACAUGAGAUCACUAGGAGAACUUAUCAGGGAAAAUACUCAGUUGUCUGAUUUCAUUAGUCAAUGUGGUCAGAGAUAUCAUGGGUUUAACAUUAAAGCUCCAGCAAACAGAGAGCAGGUGACUGGACUCAUGGAGAAGAUCAACAGACUGCUGUCUGACAACACAAACUCCUGCUAUACACUAGAAAUGGUGCAGGAGACUGAGAGGAGAAGAGAGAAGGAGAAGAAAGCAGAGGAGGAUAGGAAAGAACAAAAAAGAGCCAAGCUGGAAAAACAAGAGUCUCUUUGGAAGGGGUUCAAACAUCUGUUUGUUAAACAUAUAAAGCUGAAAUCUGUCUGUAUAAUUAUGGUUUUUGCUGUAGUGACAGGAGGUGUUGCUGUGUGGAAGAAAGACUUUUUAAAUGGACGGACGUUCACUAAUGGUUUCUGUACAGGAGGAUUAGCUUCAACUGUCGGAGUUUGCGUAGAAAUUCUUUGGAAAUUGAUGUUGAAGAAUCAGCAUGUUUCAUCUUCUCGUGAGCGUCCCCGCGCUCUUAGACAGUUAUUGCUGAAGACAGGAGAUGUUGCGUGUGCUGCAUCUGCUGGAGCUGUGAUUAGUCACUUUCUCAGAGGAAAUGUGUUUCCUGUUACAGUGUUAGCAGGUUUGGCUGGAGCUGCUGCAGCUUUUACAGCAAAACAAUGAAGCUGCUGAUGUUUUACAGCUCAUGAUGAAAUAACCUAUAGGCAAUGUCAGUAGUUGGACAUUCAUUGUGUUGUUUUCUGCUUUAAGAUUUUUUUUAAAUAUGAAAUAGAAAUGAUGAUAAUAAAGACGAUGAAGUGAUGUUAUGUACUCUGUGAAAAUAAAUCAUGUCAUGUCAUUUUAAAAUGAUGAGUAGUGUUGAGUUACACUGAAUAAAACUGAUA